UGGCCUUAAAUUCACUAUAUAGCCAAGACUGGCCUUGAAUUUGUAGUGAUCCUUCUGCCUCAGCCUCCCAGGUGCUGUGAUUGCAGGUGUGUGCCACUGUGCCUGACAACAUUUGUGUAUUAAAACCAGGCCUGGUUAUCUUCUGUUGGGCCCUCUCUGGUCCUCCCUCUGUACCUUUGCCUGUGUGAUUCAUUCUGCAUGGAUAGCUACCCCCAAAUCAGGCAAGCUGCUCAAGGUAUACAGUCCAUGUGAAUCUCUAUUCUUUUUCAUCUCUGGUAUGAAUUAAAAAUAAAAAUCAUUGUCUUUAUUUAAUAAUUUUUUAUACCCUGGAUGAAUUUUCAGCAACAAGUGCUACCUGGAAUUGCAGUUCAUCCUUAACUGUUUGGUAUGAGCAUUGCUUUCCAUAUUCUUCACCUGUCCUGUGAUGCCAUGGAGGUACUUUUCUGUUUUUUCUUGUGUUAACUGUUAGGUAGGUGGAUUUGGAAUGCACCCAUUUGGAAUCUAGCCAUACCCUGCAGGAGCAGAGGCAACCAGUUGCUGAGAAGCCUCCUUGCAUGAGAGCAGCCAUAGUGGGAUGGUGUCUCAUGCGUUUGACUGUUGUCUUAUUGGGUAGUAAUGUGCUGGUGUUUGGGGACUGCUUUCUAGCAUGAACUAGAUGUCAUUUCAUCCCUCCUCUUUCUCACUGCCCUGACCAUGGAUAUCUGUCAUAUUCUGUCUAUUAAUCUCAUUUUGUCACUUCAGACUAGUGCUAAUCUUUUGAUUAUUUUUUUUCCAUUUCUUUAUUGUGACAGAGUCAUGCUGUGCAGUUCAUGCUAACCUUCAAUUCACUUUGUAGCCCACUGGCCUCAAACUCACAGCAAUCCUCCUACUUCAGCCUCUCACGUGUUGGGAUUGCAGGCGUGUACCACAGUGCCAGGCUUUGAUUGAUUUCUUUCCCGUUAGCCUAUACCUAUAUCCAGCCUCAUUUUUACCCUUGCUCUUGGUUCUAGAGCUUAGAUGCCAGCUUGCCUGCAGGUCAUACCUGAGUUUUUGUCAAGGCAAAUGAAGCCUUCCCUGGUUGACCUUGGUGUCACCUCCUUCUCUCUCUCUCUCUCUCUCUCUCUCUCUCUCUCUCUCUCUCUCUCUCUCAUACACACACACACACACACACACAGACACACAGUAUGUCUGGGUCCUUGUCCUUGCACAAAAGCACCUCAGAUCUCAGGUCUGUUCAUGUCUGCCCACAGUGCAAGGCUUUAGGUUCUGCCUUUGUAGCUCAUCCCACCUGUGCUCUAGGCUCUUACAUUCCCUUUGACACAUUGUUUCCUGAGUUCCUAGCCACACCUUGCUUUUAAUCUUUGGAGCUGGUGAAGGAGAGUAGCUGGUAGGGCAGUAGAACAUGCUCAAGUCUGGCCUGUAGAAGGCGUAGGGCAGAGUUGCUCAAACUACUUUUGCCAAGGAACAUUCCUUUAAUUCCUAGUCUGUCCUGGUCAGAUACUUGUGUGUCAGUGUUUGGAUGUUGUAGCAGUGUCCGAUGGCUAUAAAAAGCGCCUCACUGUAUUUGUCUUGUCACAGACCACAUGCUUUACUCUGUGAACUGGCAUGUGGCCUGGGUCACAUCAAAAGGCCUGUUGGGUUUUACUCACCCAGAUGGGGAGCUGGGGAGAGGUGGUUUGAAUGUAGGACAGAGUCCAACUGAAUUAAGGAUGAGAAGGAUUAGGAGGAUCGCUCUGGCUAUAUGUGGGGUUGGGCAGGAACAGGAUACUGCCCUGGUCCAGAGGAAGACCAUGUGCUGCAGGAGUGUGGGAAGUGGCCAGGCCUUUCGGAGCAACUUACUGAAGCCACCUCCCCGCGAGUGUCCUCUGAGCUGGAGCAGGCCCGACCACAGACUAGCGGAGAAGAGGAGCUACAGUUGCAGCUGGCACUUGCCAUGAGCAGAGAAGUGGCAGAGCAGGAAGAACGCCUUAGGCGAGGUGAUGACCUCAGAUUGCAGAUGGCCUUGGAAGAAAGCCGGAGAGACACAGUUAAAGUUCCAAAAAAGAAAGAGCACGGCUCCCAUCCACAGCAGACUACUCUUUUGGACUUAAUGGAUGCUCUGCCCAGCUCUGGCGCUGCUGCCCAGAAGGUGGAACCCUGGGGCCCAUCAGCACCUGCUAAUCAGACCAACCCCUGGGGUGGACCAGCAGCUCCUGCAAGUUCUUCAGAUCCCUGGCCAUCAUUUGGUGCCAAGCCGGCGGCCUCUGUGGACCCAUGGGGAAUACCCACCACGGCUAGCACACACUCUGUUCCCCAGAACUCUGACCCUUGGGCAGCUUCACAACUGCCUGCCCCCACUGCUGGGAAAGCAACAGAUGCCUGGGGUGCACCCUCAGCUGGCAAGCCUGUGUCCGCCUCGGGGUCCUUUGAACUCUUCAGUAAUUUCAAUGGUACAGUUAAAGAUGACUUUUCUGAAUUUGACAACCUCCGAACUUCAAAAAAAACAGCCGAGUCUGCACCCUCUCUGCCAUCCCAGAACAGUGGAAGUACAAGCCCUGACCCCUUUGAGUCUCAGCCCCUGACUAUGGCCUCGAGCAAGCCCAGCAGUGCCCGGAAAACACCCGAGUCCUUCCUAGGUCCCAACGCUGCUUUGGUGAACUUGGACUCACUGGUGACCAGGCCUACUCCACCAGCCCAGUCCCUUAACCCCUUCCUAGCACCAGGUACCACCACCACCUCGGCCCCUGUUAACCCCUUCCAGGUGAACCAGCCCCAGCCACUGACGCUGAACCAGCUGAGGGGGAGCCCAGUCUUGGGGAGCAGCACAUCCUUCGGGCCUAGCACAGGGGUGGAGCCCAUGGCUGUGGCCCCCAUGACUUCAGCAGCCCCACAUCCAGCUCUGGGGGCCACUGGCUCCACCUUGACACCACUGGGCCCCACAACAAUGAACAUGGUGGGCAGUGUGGGCAUGCCUCCAUCAUCAGCACAGGCCCCCGGCACAACCAAUCCUUUCCUUCUCUAGUGUCCUGGGCCUGGGACACACCCGGAGCACCUGUGCCAGAGGACACUGAGCGAGGACUCUGUGUGGGGUAGUGGCUGAGAGUGUGACCUGGGGGUACUGGGGCCUUUGGUUCCGGCUUCCUGGUAAAAGGAUUGUCCUUUAUUACCCUGGCCCUCAGACUUGAAUGGCAUGUGGCACGUGUCCUUGCCUUUCCCUGGCCUGACCAGGCUCCUCUGAGGCCUUGGAUGCAGAAUGAAGUUGUCAGUGUUGUCCUCAUCGGCAACCUCAGCCCAGUGUCCCUAAAUGCUGCCUAGCCCAGAAUUUGGGACAGUCACCUUGUCUCUGUCUCCCACGACCCAGCCCCAGUCCUGGGUAUGGACGGGAUAAAACGCCAGCCCCAUUCUACACUGACCUUGGCGAAGUGGUUGUGCAUAUUUUAUUUCCCUUUGACUCAUGUGUGAGUUCAAAGUAAACACUACCACCAUGGACAACUUGUGAAUUAAAUCCACUAGAGCGAGCUUUAAAACUAAUCUGAGCAUAACCCUGCCAUGUGGCUCUAUGCUUGUACACGUUUGCACAUAUUUUGUUUAGUACAGUUUCAUAUUUGAGUUUGCAGAAUUAUCUAAUAGUCUUUUUUUGGCUAAUAUUUUUAUAAUGUGGUUCUUAUUUAACUGUCUAGUUUUGAUAGAAUUUACCAGGUCUGGCUGAAUUAAGAUCUUGGCAUAUGUCAUUUUAGUGGUUUAAAUCCUCUUAUUUAUGGUUUUAACUCUGUAAAAAAACUUAAAAAGGAGGAGAUGUUUGGAUGAGAAAAAUAUGCCUUAUGGGGAACCUAAAACAAAUUCUUUAUAGGAAAAAAUACACGAAUUUGAUUACACAAAAAUGAUGUUUAUUUAAGGGAAAAACCCACCUCUACCAGUAACAAAAACCUGCUGCCUCCAGUUGCCUUUUCCUUUCUCUAGCUCCCUCUUUGUGAACUACCAAACCAAUCAGCUCUCAGCCCUUUUGGCUGGGUCCUGAGAGAGGCUUUAUUUCUUACCAGUAUACCAACGUCCCAAAAGAUAAAGGAAACAAAUUAACAUGAAUGUGACUCACCAGUUUUUAUCAACUAAUUCCUUUUUUAAUUAAAGGCACACAGGGAUUAAUAGGGGCUUCUGUUUACAGUGUGGGGAAAGUGGAGGGUGCACCUUAGCCUUGCAUCUGUGCUCUCCUCUCACUGGGUCCUCACUCAGGGUAACAACAGGAUCAGUGGAAACAGUGGUUGUCUCGGGUGGGAGGGGCUUUUGUGCCCACGGGUCCCCGGGGACAGUCCCCCUGACUGAGAUGGGGACCAGGGCUUGCUUUGAACCACCUACCUGCCAUCUCCAGACACAGGUUGCAGGCUGAGAAGUAGUCAUCUCUUAUUUUGGAGAUGAGAGAAUUCAUUGUCACCUUGGAUAGAUUUUAACAAACAUGCACUAAUAUUAUCUCCCUCUUCCAACCUCCUGCUGUCCUCACCCUACUCACCACUGUGAAAGAAGUAUUAAGUCCCAAAUUACAGACCAGAGAAGACCUGCUUUUACCCAGGGAAGGGUCAGUCCUCCUGAGUCCUCCUGUAUGUCCUGGCAGCCUGGUGGGUAUUUCUGGCUUGCUUUGCAAAACAGACUUCUAAUCUCCAGCUCCAAGGGCAGCAAACCACCUGGCUGCUCCUCUCUGGUUCCAGAAAGAGAUCCAACCCUUAGUGCCAGCGCAAGAGGGAUUGCAGUGUCCCUGGGCUGGAGGAGGCUAUGAGGUCACUGAGUGAGGACUGCUCUGGUCCUGUGUGAGACUCCGCCCUCCCCCUUGCUCCAGUCCCUAAUUCCUGAUCAGCUACCCUUCCCAGCACUGCAGGCCUGUGGCUGGCCUUAGACUCCAGUGUCAUUCAGGGAGGCUGGUAGAGGGUGAGUGGAGGGUACCUGCCCGCGAUGGUGCUUUCCCUCCAGGGUUGUACAGCCUGGCAGCGUAUAGGGCAGUGCAUCAGACCCAGCUCCUGGGGUCAGUGAUUCUUUGGAAAUAGACAAAAGCCCUUCCUGAUAAGACCAACACCCCAACACAACAACCACGGGCCACCAGGGUCUGAGAAGAGCCCCUCACCCUGCCUCCUGGCACAGGCCAUCCUGAGCGCACAUUGUUCCUGCUGCCCGCUGCACUGAUCAUGAAGCCACCGGCCACUGCGAGUUGCACAUGUGCCACCGUACCCCUCCUGAUGAGCACCAAGGUGGAGGAAGUCACCCAGCCAUUUCUCAAUUCCGGGGGCCGGUGGCUGGUUUUGAACUUGUGUUGACUGUUGAUACUUAUUUACUGUAUAAAUAUAAUUUAUCAUUUGUAUCAUGA